AGGAGGAGCGGAAGGACCGGCAGGCCUAGCUCUGAGGACGCAGCGGCGGCGACGCGGGGAUGGAGCCCCUGCGGGUCCUGGAGCUGUACAGCGGCGUGGGCGGCAUGCACCACGCUCUGAGAGAAAGUGGUAUACCUGCACAAGUGGUCGCUGCCAUUGAUGUAAAUACUGUUGCUAAUGAAGUAUACAAGUAUAAUUUUCCUCAGACACAGUUACUGGCCAAGACAAUUGAAGGGAUUACGCUAGAAGAGUUUGACAGAUUAUCUUUCAAUAUGAUUUUAAUGAGCCCUCCGUGCCAGCCAUUCACAAGAAUUGGCCUGCAGGGUGAUAUGACUGAUCCAAGAACGAAUAGCUUCUUAUAUAUUCUAGAUAUUCUCCCAAGAUUACAGAAAUUACCAAAGUAUAUUCUUUUAGAAAAUGUUAAAGGUUUUGAAGUAUCUUCUACAAGAGACCUGCUGAUACAAACAAUAGAAAAUUGUGGCUUUCAGUACCAAGAAUUUCUAUUAUCUCCAACUUCUCUUGGCAUUCCAAAUUCAAGGCUACGGUAUUUCCUUAUCGCAAAGCUUCAGUCAGAACCAUUACCUUUUCACGUCCCUGGUCAGGUACUCAUGGAGUUCCCCAAAAUUGAAUCUGAACACCCACAAAAAUAUGUAAUAGAUGCAGAAAAUAAAAUUGAAGAAAAAAUUGAACCAAAUAUUUGCUUUGAUGGCAGCACACAGUGUUCUGGAAAAGAUGCCAUUCUUUUUAAGCUUGAAACUGCAGAAGAAAUUGAAAGGAAAAAUCAACAGGACGGUGAUCUCUCUGUGCAAAUGCUAAAAGAUUUUCUUGAAGAUGACAUUGACAUGAAUCAGUACUUUUUACCUCCAAAGUCAUUGCUGCGAUAUGCUCUUUUAUUAGACAUUGUUAAACCCACUUGCAGAAGGUCUGUGUGCUUUACCAAAGGAUCUUAAAGCUAGUUGCACACUAAUUUUUCAGUUAUCUUGUAUGUUUUCUUACAGAUUGAGAAUAUCUACAAAUCUCUUACCAAUUUGUCACAAGAAGAAAAGAUAACCAAGUUGUUAAUGCUUAAACUGCGAUAUUUCACUCCUAAAGAAAUAGCAAAUCUCCUUGGAUUUCCUCCAGAGUUUGGAUUUCCCGAGAAGAUAACAGUGAAACAGCGUUACCGCCUGCUUGGAAACAGUCUCAAUGUGCAUGUGGUAGCUAAACUAAUCAAAAUCCUGUAUGAGUAA